AUGGCUACGGCUCCCCCUGGCCCCGCCCACCCUCCUUCCGCCGGGCGCUCGGCCCUCCCCGCCCUCGGUUUCAAACCUCCCGCCGGGCCCUGUGCGCCCCGCCCCCCGAUCGACGCCAUCGGCGGCUCGGCUACUAUUGCCUGCCCGCCCGGCUUCCGGGGAAUUCUCAGGGAAACUGCGCGACUCGCCUCCGGGGAGAAGAAACCUCGCCUGUCGACCGAAGCCUUUGGAGGAGAUUGCGAAAUCAGCUACGACCAACUGCACGAAUUCCUAAAAUAUGCCGCACUGGGGAGAGUCCAAAAUGCUGCUAAGCCCAGAUGGUGCCGCCUUCAUCACCAAAGGCAUCUGGCUGGCACGGUGGUGGUGGUUCUCCCCCAAAUGAGUCAGCUCCACUUCUACAGGUUUUACACGCAGUUUAAGCAUCUCCGCAAAACCUUCAGGCACCGCUUCUCUCUGCCACCCGCCUCUGGUUUGACGGAAAGACUUUGGGGAGCAGGAAUCAAUGACAAUCCACAGUUCAGCCACAAAGAACUGCAGAAAGAUCCGGUAAUUCAGAAAUAUGGAGAAGAGAAGCGUGGGCUUUCCAGUUACGUUCUAACCCUGGAAGAGAUGCGUCACUACAGCUACCCUCUAGAAGGUGCCAGCGACUGCAGCCAUUUCGUUUCCACCUGUCGCCAUGUCCCACCUUCAGAUGACAGCCCCCUUUUUGGACUGGAUUGCGAAAUGUGCCUCACUGAUAAAGGAUCUGAACUCGCGCGAAUCUCCGUGGUGGAUGCUGGCGGCCAGUGCGUCAUGGACGAGCUGGUAAAGCCCUCGUUGCCAAUAAGGGAUUACCUCACGAGGUACUCCGGGAUCACCGAGGAGCUGCUUCUAUCGGUCACCACCCGCCUCGCCGACGUCCAGGCCCGGCUGAGGAGGCUGCUUCCUCCCGACGCUGUUUUAGUGGGUCAUUCUUUGAAUUUUGACCUCCGAGCUUUAGAAAUGGUACAUCCCAGUGUGAUAGACACAUCGCUCCUUUUUAUCCGGAAGGGAGGCAAAAGAUUCAGGCUGAAAUUCUUAGCAGAAGCAGUUUUAGGGAAAGAAAUCCAGCGCACAGACCAAGAGGGCCACGAUCCAACUGAAGACGCUACGUGUGCCCUCGAACUGGCCCAAUUUUUCAUUAAUCAGGGGCCCAGAAAGGUAGCGGAACUGAACCUGGAAGCCCGAUUGCUGCGGCAGAGCCAAGCAGGCAACUCAAAGAAGCUUGCCUUGCCAAAGCUGAAGAAUGGGAUCCCGAAGUGCAUGAGGACCCCCAUCCAAGGCCUUCUAGACGUCUUGCAGUCUCUCGGUCAAAAGACUCUGCUUCUGGGAGGACAGACUGACGCUUCUCCCGACAACAGCCCACACAAGCAAAUUCUCCAGCAAGCCUUGGAAGAGAUCCCCGGAUCGUCUUUCAGCGUCAUUCAGUUCCCUUCGGAUCCGCGGCACCUGACCUCCCACCUCGCGGCAGACCUCAGCGCAAAACUGCAGACUAAGCUGACCAACAUGCUGACGGUUUACGCAGGUCCCUUCGGAAAGGGCGUCCGCCUGACAGCUUUGAAGAGGACCUUUGGGAACUAUGGACAUAUUCUGUCGAUUAGAGUCGUUACAGAAACCCUGAAGCCCCACCUCUGUAUCCAGUAUGAAGUCCUAGAGGCAGCUCAACUUGCUAUAGAGAAUCUGAAUGGAGCGGAAGUUGCAGGAUCCUGGAUUAAGGUGCAAAGGCCCGUCACCGAAACGACGCUUGAUUGCGAGAACCUCCUGAGACAGCUGGAAAUGGAUGCGGACAAUGAAGGUGUGAUUUACAUGGCGGGAUUGGAGGAGGCCCGCAGCGAGGCAGAUUUGCGAGAGCAGUUGGGUUUCCUGAAAGAGCUGAAGGCUGUUUUCUGGCCAAGGGAUCCCAGAAGUGGAAGACAGAGAAAUUACUGUUUUCUCAGAUUCCCAACGGCGGAAAGUGCCUCCGCAGCCCUUAAAACCAUAGAGGGGCAGACUGCCGGAGGCGGAACAUUGCACGGCAGAGGUGCUUUGACACCUCCACAUCUCCACCGGUGGAUCUGCCACGAGAAUCAAAACAGCGAACGGCCUGCUGCUCUGCAGCUGCCGCACGAGGCCGCCUGCCCGCCGAAGGAACAGCUGCUUGCUUCGGAGCAAGAGGUGAAGAGCGCCAUGAAGGCAUUCGACCGCCGGAUCAAAAAGCUCUACAGAGGCUUGCCGAAGCGGACGCUCUGCGUCGUUCUGUUACCAGGAACAGAAAGAGUGCCCGUAUCGCUCCCCGGCUUCAGCCUCCUUGCAAUCAAAGAUGACGACGGCCCCGUCGCUGCCUCCCAUUAA